CAAAAAAAAAAAAGAGCGAUACCCUAGAUCGGGGGCAUGGCUCCCAGCGGGGGCUUGGCGGCGGCUGUGGCUUUGGCCCAGGCUUGGUGGCGCCCGGAGUUGGCGAGCGCGCGGCCACGGGCGCCCUCGAUGGGGGAGCGGCGGCUGGCAGCUUCAGCGGUGGCGCGGCAAGGGACGCGGCGGCCGGCCUCGGCUGGCAAGCGCCUAGGGCUGCGGCGGCGUGCCCAGGGGCGUGGCGACGGCCGCCCCCGGCGUGCACGCGUCAAAGGGCACGGCGCCAGGCGGCCUCGGCAGGGGUGCUGAUGCGACUGGCCGUGGCGGGGCGGGCACCAGUGGGGCAGGAACUAGCGGCACAGGACCGAGCGGCCCACCCCGUGCAGCUGCUUCCUCCCGUGCUGCAGAGCCCGAAUGGCUAAGACCAGAAAUGGAUCCAAAUGCAAGUUACUUACUAGAAAUAAAACUGAUUGGAAAUCGGAAAAAGGCAAGAAAGGAUGUGCAAUGUUUCAGUUUUGAGCAAAUUAUUGAUUCAGACUUGACAAACUAUAAGGAUUUAGUUGAAUCAAUUGUGGAUAAGUAUCCGCCGGGUUAUUUAGAAAUUCCUCAUGUUCAAUACUAUGAUGCUAAUCUAGACACCUAUCCACAAGUGAAUUCUGACUAGGAGUUGAUGGAUAUGUUCGAGAAACACUGUAUGUCCAAGGUUGUGCUGAUGUUUGUUGUGUAUUGUGAUCCCUCUGAACCAUAUGAACCAAUUAGUGAAUGGCAUGGAGUGCAAAAGCAAGGUAACAGCAAUGUAGAAAAAGAUAAAGAUGACUACCUUUGCCACCUUGUUGCAGAGAAUGAGCAUGUUGGUGUGGAUGAGGAGGUCCUGUACCUAGGUGAUGCACCUAUCAAUGUGGUUGCUUGUUGCAAUGCAGAGAAUGAUAAAGAGUACUGUUCUGAUGAUGACAGUGAGGACAUACGUGAGAUGGAGUCUGAAUCUGAAGUAGAGGUUGAUGAGGACAUAUUAGGCCAUGAGGCAGAUCAUAUCCCAAAUGUAGAGUACGACAAGGAAGACCCACCAAUGUCAGUAGGUACCUCAUAUCCUAGCAUGAAAGAGUUGAAGUUGGCACUUUCUCAGCAUGCUGUAAAACAUGAAUUUGAGUACAAUACGGCGAAGAGUGCACCACACAGAUUUAGGGCAUAUUGUUCAAGGAGGGAUAAAGAUAAGUGCCGUAGAGAGAAAAUCUGCUCAUGUUUCAACUCUAAACACCUUUCUUUCCUGAUACUAGCCAAAACUUGGAUACUGAAACAAACAAAAAGAAAAAACAUGGCAACUCUACUUCUAGAUCAUCAAAAAGCCAAAGCAUGGAGGUUACCAGUAAGAACAAGAGAAAGCAUGCCAACUCUAAUUCUGCAGGAACAAAUAGGUCAGGAGCUGGUUCAAGUCAACCUGAGCCUCUUUCAAUUGAGUUUGCUGACACUGAAGAUCAAUCAACUGUCAAUGCAAAGGCCAAACCAAAGGCCAAACCAAAGGCACCACAAAAUGCCAAAAAGAAAACAACUAUUCCUAUGCAGCCACUUGAUAGUCCUACAAUGGGCACCCGAAGCAAGAAAAUGGCUCCAGCAAGCCCUGCAAUGAGUACAAGAAGCAAAAGAAGACUUAGCUUGUGAUGAAUUUCUUGCAUAUGUUCUCUUUCUAUAAUGUAUGUGUGAACAACCUUAUUAGUACUCUGUUUAUGCAUCAAUUUGGAUGUUUGUGUGAACUGAAAUGCAUGUGUGAACCUUAUCUAUUUGGGAUCCUAAUUUAUUGGUCAUGAUGUAUCUAUCAACUCCAUGUGUUA